AUGAACCCUCCUGAUGGACUCUUCGAUAAAGACGAUGUUGACGUGGUGAAUGAGUCAAAAGAGAUUGCUUCAAGAUUAGCUUCAUCAAUUGGUAGGGUUGCAUACAGUAGAAAUUAUGUGGCCAAGGAUAUCAAUUUUGGAGUUGGGGCUCGUGCAGCUAUGCUACAGGGUGUUAAUGAGGUAGCAGAAGCUGUGAAAGUCACAAUGGGACCAAAGGGUCGCAAUGUUAUUAUUGAAAAAAACCGGGGGGAUCCAAAGGUGACAAAGGAUGGUGCCACUGUUGCCAAAAGCAUCAAGUUUAAGGAAAAGGCGAAGAAUAUUGGUGCAGACCUUGUGAAGCAGGUCGCAAAUGCCACUAAUACUGCUGCAGGAGAUGGUACGACUUGUGCAACUGUCCUGACUCAGGCUAUACUCACUGAAGGCUGCAAGUCUGUAGCUGCUGGUGUGAAUGUAAUGGAUUUGCGAAGUGGCAUUAAUAUGGCGGUUGAUGCUGUCCUUUCAGACUUGAAAAGCAGAGCAUUGAUGAUAAGCACGCCAGAAGAAAUUACGCAGGUUGCUACUAUCUCUGCUAACGGUGAACGCGAGAUUGGAGAAUUGAUGGCAAGAGCAAUGGAGAAAGUUGGAAAGGAAGGAGUGAUUACUGUCGCUGAUGGGAAUACUUUGGAUAAUGAAUUGGAAGUGGUUGAAGGAAUGAAGCUAGCUAGAGGUUAUAUUUCUCCCUAUUUUAUUACUGAUCAGAAGACGCAGAAAUGUGCCACCCCACCUCUAGAAAUAAGUGAAGAAUGGCCUCGUUUUGUUUUCUAUCUCUCUCUCACCAUUGUUUUGGGUUCACCAGAACUGGAAAAUCCAUUAAUCCUCAUUCAUGACAAAAAGAUUUCAGACUUGAACUCACUCGUGAGAAUAUUAGAGCUGGCGGUCAAAAAAAGUAGACCACUUCUUAUUGUGGCUGAGGAUGUUGAGAGUAAUUCCUUAGCUAUGCUUAUUCUCAACAAGCAUCAAGCUGGACUUAAGAGCAACUGCCCUAUAUUUGAUAUGUACAUAGAACAUUCUCGGCAUAAGGUCUGUGCGAUUAAAGCUCCUGGUUUUGGGGAAAACAGACAAGCAAAUUUGGAUGAUCUCGCUGUUUUGACUGGUGGAGAGGUUAUCAGUCAAGAUCGUGGUUUAACUCUUGAUGAAGUCCCAAUGGAAAUGCUUGGUACUGCUAAGAAGGUCACGGUGUCUCUUGAUGACACAAUAGUUCUUCGUGGUGGUGGAGAUAAGAAAUUGAUUGAAGAAAGAUGUGAGCAGUUAAGGACAGCCAUGGAGAAGAGUACUGCUGUGUUUGACAGGGAGAAAGCACAGGAACGACUGUCAAAGCUGUCUGGUGGUGUUGCUGUUUUCAAGGUUGGGGGUGCCAGUGAGGCAGAAGUUGGAGAAAGGAAAGAUAGGGUAACGGAUGCAUUGAAUGCUACUAGAGCAGCAGUGGAAGAGGGUAUUGUGCCAGGUGGUGGUGUUGCUCUUUUGUAUUCCACAAGAGCUCUGGAAAACCUACAAGCUCAAAAUGAAGAUGAAAAAAGAGGCAUUCAAAUAAUCCAGAAUGCUCUCAAGGCUCCGGCACAUACAAUAGUUUCAAAUGCUGGAUUUGAUUCUGCUACGGUUCUUGGCAAAUUGUUAGAGCAAGAGGAUCAAAAUUUGGGUUAUGAUGCUGCUAAAGGUGAAUACGUUGACAUGGUGAAAGCUGGAAUCAUAGAUCCCGUCAAAGUCAUCAGGACAGCCUUAGUAGAUGCUGCCAGUGUUUCUUUGCUAUUGACAACAACCGAAGCUACUGUAUUGGAGAAUCCACGCGAGAAAAAACCAUCUAGUCGAAUGCCAAAUAUGGGUGAUAUGGGGUUUUAG